UCCACUGUUGUCCAUACAAAUCUCUCUCUCUCUCUCUCUCUGUCUGUCUGUGUGUCUGUCUGUGUUCGAUGUUUGAGAUUUCGGGGAUUACUAUGUUGGUUUGAGAGGCUGAAGCUGCCAGCAUGAUCUGAAGGAAAGGGGUUGUUAUGAGUUCAGAUCAUCUUGCAGCUUCAAUCACUCAUUCACCAACAAAUUCAUCAGCUUAGGGUUUCCAUUUACAACACUUUCUUCAUUUCAGAAACCUUUUCUCUUCCCUUUCUAAUGGUGUGGGGCCCUACAAAGGGAAAGAGAGAUGGUACCAACCGGCAAAGCUCCGAUCGGCGGUGACGGCGGCUGCGAGCGGCUGGAGCAGGCUCUCCGAGAUUGUCACAAGCGACUACCAGAAGGUCCGGCGCGGCGGUCGGGCUGCUGGCACCUGAACCGAUCUUUUGCGGAGUGCUUGGUGGCGACGGUGUGCCCUAACGAGGCGGAGGCGGUGCGAACUCUCUGCUCCAGCGGCGGAACCGCUCUGAAGAGAUCGCAAUGCGAGGAAGCUAAGUUUUCGUUCUCUUUAUGUCUCUCUUCUCUCCAAUUGUGAAAUCAUUCUAGAUCCCUGAAUUGAACGCCGUGGGAGAUUGAAUGGGAAUCGGCGAAGCUUUUUGAAUUGAGAUUUUGUAGAUCGCAAUAAUGUUCUUUUGAUGUUCAUAAUAAUGUAAUUGACGUAAUUAUAGAUGUAAAUCGAUCAGAAGUUGAGUUGUUGCUGCAA